GCUGGUGAGACGGCAGACUGUUGGAGUGGACGAGCGGAGCAGGACGCGCAGCGCAAAGUUCUCCUGCGUAGAGAUAAAGUAUGUAAUAGCGAAAUAGCACCAUGUCGGCUUAAGUCAACUUUUGGACAUAAAAAAGGAAGUGGAGCGAUCUCCCCGGGAAGGACAGUGCACAUGGAUGUCGCGUUAGUGCAGCGGAGCCUGUGAAAAAUCCAAUCAUGCUUUGGAUCGUGUUCUUUCCCCUUUUGGGCUCUUGCGCACUCGGGAACAGAUCCGUGGAACAGGUCUCCUUCUUUCACGGGCAUGUAUUUGAGAACUCGCCUCCUGGCUCGCGGGUUAACGGACUGAGUGUCCCGUUGAAAAGGCUCAACUGGCAAAUUCUGUGUGUCACCGAACCCAGAUCGGCGGCGGCGCACUUUAAACUCCUCGGGGACGGGAGCGAAAAUUUCCGUGUCUUUGCGCAUUACAAACGAGGACAUAUUUUGUUGAAGACCUCCGGGGUUUUGGAUCGGGAGGAGCGGGCUGAGUACGCACUGGGUCUUGGCGUGUGCUGCGGGCAGUGCGCGGCUCUCUCCCGUGAAGAAGACGCUCCGGUGGCCGCUGAAGUGGCGUACAUCAAAGUGGACGUCUUGGACACGAACGACCACCAGCCCACAUUCCCCGGUUCCGAUGUGACACUAACUGUGGAGGAUGCCACGGCGCUGCGCACAGCAGUGUACACGGUCACGGCGCGGGACGACGACAGCGGCAAAAACGCGGAGCUCAUCUACUUCGCUUUGCCGAAAAACGGGAGUUUUUACGCUGUGCCCAAAACGGGUGAGAUCCUCCUGGUGGACUCCAUACUCGGCCUGGAUGGACCGAUCAGGUUCCACGUCUUCGCCCGGGACCGCGGGUGGCCUCCACGCACCAGUCAGAGCAUAUCCGUCCAGAUCAAUCCGCGACAGUGGCCCGUGGCGCCCUCAGUGAAUCCACAUCCAGAAAAGGGGAAACUUAAAGUACCAACCAGAAGGUCCAGGUCCGUGAUGGACUCAGACAGUCCCGUUUUAAUCAACGUAUCCGAGGACGCAGGCAUCGGGUCGGUGGUUAUGAACCUGAACCCGGUGAGGUUUCAGUCAGCAACAUUUGAGCUGGUGGAGCCCGACACGGAGAGCUCGCCGGUGAGCUUGAGCCGUGACAGCGGGGAUAUGAUCAUAUCACGGAAGCUGGAUCGAGAGACCGAGCCUCUGGUGGAGAUCACCGCCAAAGUUCAGGAUAAAAGAGGUCCAGAGUGGUACUUGAUCAGAAUUGAAUUGACUGUAACAGACGUGAAUGACAACGUCCCAGAGUGGGCCAUGGUUCCUGCUCCGUACCUCUGUGUCGUGCCCUCUGAUGCCCUCGCAAGCUCACUGGUCUACAAGCUUCAUGCUCUGGAUGGUGAUGAAGGCAACAAUGGAGAGGUGGAAUACUUCCUGUCUGAUGGUGGUGAUGGGCGUUUUGAAGUGGACAGGAAGACUGGCCAGAUUCGAACCACCGGUCUUCCUCUGCAGCGUGACAGGGAGUACCUGCUGACCGUGGUGGCUGCAGACCGCCUGGGCAGCCGCAGCGCCCCCGCUGUUGUCUCUGUGGUUGCUGGAGCUCGGCCGCCACAAUUCACCAACGCCUCUUUUACCAUCGCCAUACCGGAAAACACUCCCGAGGGCACGACUUUCCUGGUCACACCUGCUGUGUCCUUCCAGAAGAAACCAAUCAGCUACAGCCUCCUUAUCAAUCCCAGCAGCCUCUUCUCCAUCAACACGGACACGGGUGAAAUUAGCCUGACCAGGCCCAUUGACUAUGAGAGCGACCAGCAUCGCUACCUGCUGUUGGUCCGGGCCAGUGAGGGCGCCAACAGCAUGAGCAGCGCAGCAGAGGUGCGAGUUGUUAUUGUUGAUGAAAACGACUGCGUUCCAGAGUUCCUACAGUCAAUUUACAGCAAGGAUGGCGUCCCAGAAACUGUGACGACAGCAACGUCUCUCCUGCAAGUGUCAGCCAGUGACUGUGACUCGGGCGAGAAUGCAGAGUUGACUUAUUACACCUUGAGUUCAGACUUCACCAUUUCCCCUCAUGGGACCAUCUUCCCUGCUGGUCCUCUGGAUUAUGAGAGGCCAAACCACCUCUACGAAUUUGUGGUGAUGGCCGUUGACAAGGGGGAGGUCCCUCGCACUGGUACCACCACCAUACGGAUUCGCAUGACAAAUGUCAAUGAUGAAGCACCUGAGUUCUCCCAGCACAUAUAUCGGACGUUUGUCUCCGAGGACGCCGGCCCCAACACACUUGUUGCAACAGUGCUGGCGAAGGACCCCGACGGCGAUGCUAUCACCUAUAAGAUCACCACCGGCAACGAGGAAGGAAACUUUGUGAUUGACAGCCAGAAAGGUCUGAUCCGUCUGCGCUCCAGUCCACCUCCUCGUCUGCAGGGUGUUGAAUACAUCCUUAACGUCACGGCAACAGAUGACAAUGCCUCCGGAGGACCUCAGGCCUUGUCGUCUUCAGCGCAGGUGAUCGUGGGAGUGGAUGAUGUUAAUAAUAACAAGCCUGUCUUUGAGAAGUGUCAACAGUAUCGGGAGAGUACAUCCGUCCUGGAAAACCAGCCGGCAGGAACAUUUGUGCUCCAGGUCGAUGCUGUGGACGCAGAUGAAGGAUCCAAUGGCAGGGUCACAUACGGCUUCAUGCACAAAGACUCCACCGUGCCUGCAUUCAGCAUCCACCCAGACACCGGAGUAAUUGUGACUGCCAGGAAAUUUGAUCGUGAACGACAGCGGGAGUACGCAGUGACAGUUACCGCCACCGACCAGGCAGCUGACCCGCUGAUUGGCAUCUGUCAGCUCAACAUCCUGAUCCUGGACCAGAACGACAACAGUCCGAAGUUUGAGAACCUUCGAUAUGAGUACUUCCUUCGUGAAGAUACCAUGAUUGGAACGAGCUUUUUGCGAGUGGCCGCUCACGACGAUGAUUUUGGAACCAACACUGCCAUCACUUACUCGAUGUCGAGUGAACAGCCGGAGUACCUCAGGGUCAACCCGCUGACUGGUUGGGUGUAUGUCAACCAGCCAAUCUCACAGAGGACCUAUAUUACCAGAGAAAUUGUGGCUACAGACAGUGGGAACCGGAGCAGCUCAGUGGAGCUGGCUGUCACCAUCACCAAUGUGAAGAACCAGCCUCCGCAGUGGGAGAAAGACAGCUAUAACGUGGUGAUACCAGAAAACACAGUCCGAGACACGGCCAUCGUGACCAUCAAAGCCACCUCUCCGCUAGGUGAUCCCAGGGUGACCUAUAACUUAGAAGAUGGCAUGGUUCCUGAGACCAACAUGCCAGUUCGCUUCUACUUGACCCCCAACAGAGAAGAUGGCUCUGCUUCUAUCCUGGUAGCUGAACCUCUGGACUAUGAGACCACCAGGAACUUCCUACUGCGUGUUAGAGCUCAGAACGUUGCUGCUGUCCCUCUGGCAGCCUUCACCACCGUCUACAUCAAUGUCACAGAUGUAAAUGACAACGUUCCUUUCUUCACGUCUUCCAUCUAUGAGCCUCGGUCACUGAAGGGGGCAGAAUCUGGAAUGAUGGUUUUCCGUUCAGCCAACGACCUUGACUUGGGUCUCAAUGGCAAAAUCUCGUAUUCCCUGCUGGAGGACCGGAGUGGAGACCACCAGUACUUCCGCAUUGACCCUGAGCUGGGGUUCAUCUACACACAGACCGUGUUCGACCGGGAAACCAAGAGCUCGUACCUGUUGGAGGUCCAGUCAGUGGAUGGCUGGGAGUCUGCUCGGCCCGGAAAACACGGGCAGCCCAACUCUGACACGGCAUACGUCCGUGUUUUUAUCAGCGAUGUGAACGACAACAAGCCGGCAUUUGCACAGGCGUCCUAUGAAGUGGAUGUGGAUGAAGAUGCUGAUGUGGGCUUUGCCUUCCUCACCGUUAGUGCCAACGAUGGAGAUGAAGGUGGGAAUGCAAAGCUGCGCUACCAGAUCACUUCAGGAAACACUGGAGGUGUUUUUGAUGUGGAACCAGAGGUGGGCACAAUCUUUAUCGCCCAGCCUUUGGACUAUGAGCAGAACAAAAGGUAUAAACUUUACGUUUUGGCAUCGGAUGGCAAGUGGGAAGAUUACACCACUGUGGCGGUAAAUGUGGUGAACAAGAACGAUGAAGCCCCAGUGUUUACCGUCAACGAGUACUACGGCAGCGUAACGGAGGAGCUGGAUGGUUCACCCGUCUUUGUCUUACAGGUAACGGCGUCUGACCCAGAUAAGGAUGCUGACCAGGAAGCCCUGCGUUACUCCCUCCACGGCCAGGGGGCUGACAGUGAAUUCAUAAUUGAUGAGGUCACAGGAAAGAUCUAUGCCCAGCGGACUCUGGACCGCGAGGAGCGCGCCGUGUGGCGUUUUGUUGUACUGGCAACAGAUGAGGGUGGCGAAGGGCUGACGGGCUUCACAGAUGUUAUCAUCAAUGUGUGGGACAUCAAUGACAAUGCUCCCAUCUUCACCUGUGCUCCCAGCUGCCACGGAGAUGUGGCAGAGAACUCACCAGUAGGGACGUCCGUGAUGGAGAUGACAGCCACAGACCUGGACGACUCGGCCGUGGGGCAGAACGCCGUGCUCUCCUACAGGAUUGUGGGAUGUUUUGAUGCCAGCAACAGUGAUGUGGGUGGAGUACCAGCCUUCUCUGAAAUGUUUAGCAUUAACCCUAACACCGGGACCAUCAGUGUAGCACUGUCAGGUCUGGACCGGGAACACACGCAGUCCUACCUACUGGUUGUGGAGGCCCGAGAUGGAGGUGGUAUGACAGGAACCGGAACUGUCACCAUUCAAGUGAAGGAUGUAAAUGACCACGCCCCAAGAUUCACUGACCACACCUGCCUAGCCAAGAUCUCUGAGAAUGCAGAGCCCAAUGCUGAGAUCCUGGAGCUCAGUGCGGAGGACAGAGACACAGGAGAAAAUGCCCAGCUGACCUUUAGUGUCGUGGCCGGAGACCAAGAGCAGAAGUUUUACAUGGUGAGUCACCGGCAGGAGCAGCACGGCACCCUGAGGCUCAAGAAACGUCUGGACUACGAGCGGCACAGCGAACAGAGGUUCAACCUCACGCUGAAGGUUGAAGACUUAGACUUCUCUAGCCUUCUGCACUGUGUGGUGGAGGUGGAGGACUACAAUGACCAUGCUCCAGUUUUCAUUCCGCAUUUCUUGUCUCUGGCACCCCUACCUGAGGAUAUUUCUGUGGGAACCAGUGUGGCACAUUUGGGAGCCAGCGACUCUGAUUCAGGCCUGAACCGCGAAAUUACCUACAGUCUAUCCGAGGACUCUGACCCUGAGGGGCUGUUCACUAUUGACCAGUCAGGUGUGCUCAGUGUGGCCCGACCUUUGGAUCGAGAAAGGGUGCCUCAGCAUCACCUAAUUGUUGUUGCAACUGACCACGGGGAGCCACCACUAACAGGCAGUGCAACUGUGCAGUUGCCUCUUUUGGAUGUAAAUGAUAACGGACCAGAGUUUGAGGCAGUUUACUCUCCAGUCAUCUUUGAAAAUGUGGCUGGACCACAGAUAGUAAGACUGAACCAAACAUCCACACUCCUCCGUGCAGUUGACCGAGAUUCUGCAGAGAAUGGCCCACCUUUCCACUUCACUGUCCCUGCAGAGUAUCGACAUAGCAAUGAUUUCUACCUCCAGGACAACUUGAACGGCACAGCUACACUGACAGCACUGAGGACCUUUGAUCGUGAGCGCCAAAAGGAGUUUCUCAUUCCCAUUGUUAUGAGUGACAGCGGCCGGCCAGCCAAAACAGUGACCAGCACCCUGACGGUGACCAUUGGUGACCAAAACGAUCACAGUCAUGUGGCAGGCGAGAAGAAAAUUUUCAUCAACAGUCACAGAGGCCGCAUGCCAACUACAGUGCUUGGGAAGGUCUACGCUCCUGACCCAGAUGACUGGGACAAUAAGACCUAUAUCUUUGAAGGACACGUGCCAAGUUACUUUAUCCUGAACAAGCGGACUGGAUUCCUGAUCAUCAAGGAGAAUACGCCCCCGGAUACCUACGAGUUCCAAGUCCGUGUCUCGGAUGGCAUUUGGCCAGAUGCUGUCUCCUCUGUUACGGUGCAUGUGAGGGAGCUGCGAGACGAAGCAAUCUACAACUCAGGGUCUCUGCGCCUGGCCGACAUCACAGCAAGGGAGUUUAUUGAGCUGCGGGGGAAGCAGCGGAGCCGCUACGAUUUGCUGGUGGACUUCCUGUCCGAGAUGCUCUCCGUUCCAUUCAACGAUGUCAACAUUUUCAGCCUAAUGGAUGUGAAGGAGCGGAUGCUGGAUGUUCGCUUUGCAGUGCACGGUGCCCCUUCCUUCCUCCAGCCUGAGAAAAUGCACGGUUAUCUGGCUGCCCACAAGCAGAAGCUCCAGUCAUUCCUUCAAGUCAACGUGUUCCAGGUCCGGAUCAACGAGUGUCCGGAUGCAGAAUGUGCUGGGGCAGGAGGCUGCUCCAGUGUUCUGACUGUGCGAAACACGCCCACUGUGGUGGAUUGUGGCACUAUGAGUCUUGUGUCUGUGACGGUGGAAUCCACAGCGGUGUGUUCCUGCUCAGGUCGGGAACAGGCCCAUCAGUCCUGCGCCGCUUAUCCCAGGAAUCCCUGCUUCAAUGGAGGCAUGUGUGUGGACACUCAGCAUGGCUACAGGUGCCAAUGCCCAGCUCAGUUCGAGGGGCCAGAAUGCCAGCAGAACAAGCACAGUUUCCAGGGCAAUGGCUAUGCCUGGUUUCCUCCUAUUAUGCCUUGUUUCGAGAGCCACGUGUCGCUUGAGUUCAUCACAGACAUGGUAGAUGGACUGCUCCUGUACAGCGGCCCACUGGCCCAACUGCAGACCUGGGACCACGAGGACUUCAUGGCCAUAGAGCUCAUAGAUGGGACCCCUACCUUGAAAAUCAACCAUGGAUCGGGUACUUUGGUCUUACAGUUGCCAGGCAACGUGAAUGUGGCAGAUCGCCGGUGGCAUCGGCUGGAUGUCCGCAGCAAAAGCAAGGAAGUGCGUUUCACCUUAGACCGCUGUGCGGGGGCAGCCGUGAUGGAGAUGGAGGGACUGGGCAGCUGGUUGACGACCCAGGAUCAGUCGUCGUGUGAAGUAACAGGCGUUACUCCCAACAAUGACAGAUACCUGAACGUGAGCCAGGUGCUGCAGCUCGGAGGAGUCAACGAGGACAUUCCCUACAUCUACCCUCAGCUCCAGCACAAACACUUCACCGGCUGCAUCCGGAACCUCAUCGUGGACAGCAAGUUAUAUGAUUUGGGCUCCCCGGCUGAGUCCCAGUCCAGCUCCCAGGGCUGCCUGACCACAGACAGCAGCUGUGUCACUAUGGGCUAUCCUUCCUGUGGCCACAGGGGUCGCUGUCACGGCGAGUGGGGCUCCUUCAGCUGUCAGUGUGUGCUGGGCUACUCAGGACGCCAAUGUGAUGAGGAAGUCCCAGAGUACUCCUUUGAUGGCCACAGUCAUGUGCACUACCACCUGGCAUUCCCAUUGCCUGCCCGGAGGACAUGGGUUCAAGUCUUGGUCCGAACCCGCAAACACAGCAGCGCCAUCCUCAACCUGAUCUCCAAGGAGCAAAACGAGUACCUGCGAAUAGAGAUCUUUCAGGGUCUGCUGUGUGUCUUCUACAAUCUUGGUGAUGGUGACUUCAACCUAACCCUGCCCUCUUAUCGCCUUGACAACGGUGAAUGGCAUGAGGUCUUCCUUGAUCGCCAUGACAACGAGAUGACCCUGCGACUGGACGGUGGAGGUGGACAGCGUGAGAUAACAGGACUGCAGGGACGAAGUCGUGAGAUCAUCAUCGACACCACAGUGGUGAUGCUAGGAAAUACUUUCCCCUCUGUAAUCAACAAGAGCUUCCAGGGUUGCAUGAGGGACUUGCGCCUCAACGGGCGUUACAUGCCACUGGACAGUCAGCCGAGAGAUGGGGUCUCUCAGGUCAGCAUGCAGGGACUGUCUGUGGGCUGCUUGUCUGACUCCUGCAAAAGGAACCAGUGCAGCCCCCCCUUCAAAUGUGUGGACCUGUGGAGGGUGCACGAGUGCAGAUGUCCACCCGGUCACAUGAUCCUUGUUAACGGCUCCAGGAAGUCCUGCGUCUACACCCUGUGUGCCACGCACCCUUGUCACCGGGGAACCUGCGUGGCUCAGUCACCCUCCAAAUUCACAUGCCAAUGCCCGGAAGGCUACAGGGGGCACCACUGCGAGACAGCUAUGGCCAUCUACAGGGAGGACGUGGGCCUGAGCUUCAGCUCACUGUUUGCCAUCUGCAUCUGUUUCAUGGCCUUGAUAGUGUUGCUGUUGGGCAUUUUCCUGUACACUCGCUGGAGGAGCUACAAAGGUCUGACGGAGGGCGUUUACCACGUCUCAGCUCACCACGACGGCUGGGAGGACAUCCGCGAGAACGUCCUCAACUAUGACGAGGAGGGAGGCGGUGAGGAAGACCAGAACGCCUACGACAUGGCAGAGCUGCAGAAGUCUCUUCAGCCCAGUCCAGCCCAGUCGGUCCAGUACUGCCGCUUGAGAGCCCUCCACCACCCUCCACCUGUCCACCACCACCACCUCCUCCACCAGGCACCUCCUGCCCCGCCCUCUGUCCAGUCCAUGGACCCUCUCAGCCGGACAUCUAGCUCCACUACCCUCCCCCCUUCUGCUGUCUCCUCUUCCUCCACUGCCACCACCACUGCCAGCCUCCGCCGGGAUGUCCCGCCAACAAGGCUCACAGCCCAGGGACAAGCCCGGCCCUCACAGCUGGGGCGCCGCUCCCUGUCCUUCUCCAGUCAAGAUCUGGCUCGCUACCUUUGUGAGAUCAUCCGUGACGCUGACCAGCAUCCAGACACUGGGCCUUUCGACUCCCUGCAGGUCUUCUCCACCGAAGGAGGCGGUUCACCUGCUGGGUCCCUCAGCUCCUUCAGCUCGGCGGGGCUGGACGGGGGGAGCAGUGGGGACGGAGGAGGGGAGAUCAGGAGGGAGGAGACUCUUGGGGAGUGGGGGCCUCGGUUUGAGAAGCUCCGGGCACUCUACGAACGAGCUGAGGCCAGCGACCUCUGAGCUCUGACGCACACAGACUUUACGAUGCGGCCCUUUUAUCGGGGCGUUCUGAAACAAUCGAUGAGCAGACGCUUACCAGUGAACAGGAAAGGAGAGCUGACAGACCCACUGUCUCAGUGACUGACACGGAAGGUGCUGAACUUACUGGAUGAUGAGUCCUGUCAAUCAACUUUGUGGCCUAACAGACUGAUGAACGCGCCCCCGUGAAGGAGCCUGGCGUGUUACCAUUAUCACACCUGUCAGCCAGGUUGGAGGCCUGAGAAUGUCACUCACUACCUGGGCUACUCAUUGUGACACAGCUUAGCUUCACCGCUGGAAAAAGAGGUGCCCCAAAUAUUCUAAAUGGAGUCCUAAAUUCUGACGAUGUAGCCUCUUUUUAUAUUUGGUCAAAUCAAAGUCACCUGAUGGAUUUUGUAUGCCCCCUGCUGCUGAGUUAUUUGUAAAUGUUUCUGUUAUAUUGCACAUUGGAAGAUGAAGUGAUGAUGCUGUGAAGGAUCGUUUGCUUUUUCAGUAUAUCGUGGACAUGUUGUGUUCUCGCUGCCUGGCUGUAAACAGCUUUUCUCAAUGUUUAUAUGAAGAAAAAAAAAAGCACUUUGCACAUCACUGGGUUGCAGUUUUUUGUUUUUUUUUUUCUCGUAAUGUGUCCUUUGCUGGGUUGAGUAAUUCCGUAUCGGUUGGGUAUUUGAAAUUUUAACGCUUCACGGGUUGUAAGACAUCAAGCUUUUGACUUACUGCUGCAUCCUCACCUGCAUUUGGUGUCCAUUUCUCAUUCACGCUCCUUCACUGCUCAUUCUGCUCCACCAGGAGGAGGGCGAAGAAAGAAAAACUCAAACGGCUUUGUAACAAAGAAAUGUCAACGUGCACGCGGCAUAGGGGGUUUGACAUCUCGUCCUUGGGCGUACAGAGUGUGAC